AUACCACUUCCUACUCUACAACCUCAGCCCAUCAGUCUACCAAGACAUUAUCAAAUCAAAAAUCACAACGAUCUCUUCCAUACCCACGCCACCCAUCCACAUCUUCGAUAUGUCUGAUACCGAGAUGCCAACCGCUCCAGCUGCUGCUGAUGCCGUCGAGGAGAGCAAGGGCAAGUCCGACAUGCCUCAAGCCGACAUUGACUUCAUCAUGGUUUGCAUCAAGAAUGCCAUGGAUGGCGUCCUCACUGUCGAUGCUGUCAAGAUUGCCGAGGCUCUUGGUUACUCCAACGUUCGCUCUGUUGGCAACCGUGUUGCUACUAUCAAGAAGAAGUACGGUCUCGCCAUGAGCGUCUCCAGAGUCUCUAAGGGUGACGACGGUGCUUCCAAGUCUGGUCCUUCCACGCCUGCCCCAAAGACCCCACGCAAGGCCGUUACUGCUCCCAAGACCCCAAAGACCCCAAAGUCUACCGCCAGCAAGGUUACCAAGACCCCUGCUUCCAAGAAGAAGGCGGUUGCCAAGAAGGACGAGUCCGAUGAGCCUGAGGCUGCCAGCGAUGACGACGAUGAGGAGGUGGCUGAUGAGGAAAAGGUCGAGAAGGCUCCAACCAAGGCUAAUACCAAGGCUAAGGCUAAGGCCAAGGCUGCUCCCAAGGGCAAGAAGAUCCAAACUCCCAAGAAGGUCAUCGACGAUGAUGCCGAGAUGCAAGAAGCCGAGGAUGAGGAAGAGUUGGCUGUCAAGGCUACUGGUGAUGAGAUGGUCGAGGACGGCGAGGAGGAGGAUGCUGACGAGGUCUAAAUACAUUGAUUCACUCAUUCGGCCCAUGGUUGAUGAGGUCAUGCUAU